GGUAUCGCAGGUAAAAAACCGAGAGUAAAAUAACUUUCUUUGCUUUUUCACCUCUUUCAAAUUUUCUCUUUUGAAUUCCGGUUUCAAAUUUGUUUCUGAACAAAAUGUGUGACGUUGUGCUUGGUUCCCAAUGGGGGGACGAAGGUAAGGGUAAGUUGGUUGAUGUGUUGUGUGACGACAUUGAUGUUUGUGCCCGUUGUCAAGGUGGUAACAACGCCGGCCACACCAUUGUGGUCGGAUCUACCAAAUACGACUUCCAUAUGUUACCCUCGGGUUUGGUUAAUCCAAAGUGUUUGAACCUUGUUGGUUCCGGGGUGGUUAUCCACGUGCCUUCUCUUUUCGAAGAAUUAGAGAAUUUGGAAAAGAAGGGGUUACAUUGUCGUGAUCGUUUAUUCAUUUCUUCUCGUGCUCAUCUUGUGUUUGAUUUCCAUCAACGUACCGACAAGUUGAAAGAGGCCGAAUUGAGUGAAAACAAAAAAUCAAUUGGGACCACCGGUAAGGGUAUUGGCCCCACUUAUUCCACCAAGGCUUCCCGUUCUGGUCUCCGGGUCCAUCACUUGGUCCUGCAGGAACCCGAAGCCUGGGAAGAAUUUAAAGCCCGUUAUCAUCGAUUAGUUGAAUCCCGGUUCAAAAGAUAUGGUGAAUUUGAUUAUGAUUUUGAAGAUGAACUUGCUCGUUAUGAAAAAUAUAGAGACAUUGUUCGUCCAUUUGUUGUUGAUUCCGUCGACUUUAUGCACAAGGCCAUCAAGGAAAAUAAGAAGAUUUUGGUCGAGGGGGCCAAUGCCUUGAUGUUGGAUUUGGAUUUCGGUACUUAUCCUUAUGUUACUUCUUCCGCGACCGGAAUUGGUGGGGUUUUGACCGGAUUAGGGGUCCCCCCACGUGCCAUCCGCAACGUUUACGGGGUGGUUAAGGCAUACACCACCAGAGUUGGUGAAGGUCCUUUCCCCACCGAACAACUCAAUUCCGAAGGUGAGAAGUUGCAAGACAUCGGUGCCGAAUAUGGGGUCACCACAGGACGUAAACGUCGUUGUGGAUGGCUUGAUUUGGUUGUUCUUAAGUACUCUGCCGCCAUCAAUGGGUACACCUCGCUCAACAUCACCAAGUUGGACGUUUUGGACUCUUUCAAAGAGAUCCCAGUGGCUGUUGCCUACCACUACAACGGCAAGAAAUUGUCCUCCUUCCCAGAAGAUUUGCACCAAUUGGCCAAGGUUGAAGUUGAGUACGUGACCUUGCCAGGAUGGGAAGCAGACAUCACCAAGGUUGAAACCUACGACGCCUUGCCCGAAAACGCCAAGAAGUACUUGAAGUUCAUCGAAGACUUUUUGGAAGUUCCUAUCCAAUGGGUUGGUACCGGUCCUGGCCGUGACUCCAUGUUGGAGAAGGCCGUUUAAGCGGGACUGUCCUCCGCGUCCCCCGCGUCCGUGUGGGAGGUGUUCUCUGAAACUCACACAUUCCCCGCUGGUGCUGAAACAGAUGCGAAACACCAGGGGGAGGGCUAGCGGGCCCCACGAUAUGAUACAUAUAUAAAGAAA